CACAAGCCUACAGGUAGGUUAGUAUCUCGUAUGCAGAUCUUUUUGCCUCUCCAAAAUUAUAAAAUAGAUAUCCAGAGCAUGUUUGCAGGUCCUACCGGCAACUUAUAAAGAUCCGAAGAACAGAUAGCAAAGGAACAAUCCGGGAAGCAGAAUCGGAUUCCGACAGCACACGUCGAGCCCACGAGCGAACCAAGAAACCGGUGGCCAUAAAAGGAGGCUCUUAAGCAGCUCUAAUUCCCCCACUUUCUGCACCCAAGGUUCCUUGCUUUCCUCGCAGCUUUCGCCCUCCAGAACCCGAAGCUUUCUCCGGUCAGUCGCCCCCGCCGCCGAGGAAGAGCGACCUCGUCGUCUUCAUGGACUACAGGCAGCAGUUCUACUGCAUGACCCUGAGGAUGAGCAUAGACUGCAACGGGUGCUACCAGAAGAUCAGGAGGGCGCUGCUCCAGAUGCAAGAGCUGGAGAGCCACCUGAUCGACCGGAAGCACGGCCGGGUGAGCGUCUGGGGCGCCUUCAGCCCGCAGGACGUGGCCAUCAAGAUCAGGAAGCGGACCAACCGGCGCGUCGAGAUACUGGAGCUCAGGGAGGCCGCAGGGCCAGGGGCCGGCGACGAGCAGGGCGGCGGCGGCGGCGGGGGGCAGAUGCCCUGAAGCCCACCUUGUAUGGCCCGUGCCGGCACUCGGAGGCUGCUCCCGUUGGCUUCUGUACCUGAAACUUUUCACAGGAUUUACCCCCUUCUUGUGUGCGAGCUUAUAAAUCAUCAUUUUGAUCUGUACUCCUCGUGACUUGUUUGAGUGAACUUCACCACUUGGUUAUUUCACCAGCUUAA